AUGGCUGGUACAUAUAAACAGAGGGAUUUUAGAGCUGGAAUUGAAGACCAAAGUCUCAUCAAUGAGCUGACCACAAGAAAAAUAGUCGUCAGAGAACCAGUUAGAUUAUCUCCCGGCUGGGAAAGCACAGACAAACCAGACGACGAAUUAAAUUUCAGAAGCGUUACAAUGGACCAAGUUGACCUGGAAUUGAAUCCUCCAAAGGAUAAAUUGAACAUAGUAUUUUUAAUCAUGGUACUUCAUGGUAUUGGGACCCUUAUGCCUUGGAAUAUGUUCAUCACUGCCAGGAAUUAUUUUGAAAACUACAAGUUUUCAAGCAACUACACGGUUGAAAACACAACUUAUGCAAGCAAUUAUGUCAACAGUGUUAGCUUCUCUGCACAAAUUCCCAAUGUUAUCUUCAAUUGGAUUAAUCUUUUUAUGCCUCUUGGUGGAGAUUUGACUACGAGAAUUGUCUGGGGAAUUCUGGUACAAGUAUUGAUAUUCGUCGAAACAGUUGUUUUGGCUAUGUUGGAUACUUCUACUUGGCCAGGUGUAUUUUUCUGGAUUACAAUGAUCUCUGUCGUUGUUUUAAAUACUUUCAAUGGAAUUUAUCAAAACUCUGUGUACGGUAUGGCAGCUAAAUUACCUGGAAAGUAUACUGGUGCUGUUAACAUCAGUGGUACCUUUACAGCCUUAGUAGAUUUACUGGCUUUAAAAAUGGCCCCAAGUUUGCGAACCGCAGCAAUUUAUUAUUUCCUAACAGCACUUUUUGUGCUAUUAGCAUGUUUUGAUACAUAUUUCGCACUCCCAAUAAAUAGAUUCUAUCGGUAUCACGAAAUGAUAUUCCAAAAAGACAAGCAAAAAAAAGAGUUGGAAACAAAAUCAAAAAUUCAUGGAAGAACACCUUACUGGACAAUAUUCAAACAAGCUUCUCCCCAACUAUUUAAUAUAUUCUUCGUGUUCUUCGUUACCUUGAGUCUAUUUCCAGCAGUCCAAUCUAGUAUCAAAGCUUCAGAUGAAAAUUUCAUAGUGUCUGAAAAAUACUAUAUGAGCGUAAUGUGCUUUGUAACUUUCAAUGUAACAGCUAUGAUCGGUAGCUUGCUAGCCUCGCAUGUUCAAUGGCCGAAGAAAGAGUGUCUGGUACUACCAGUGGUACUGCGAGUGCUAUUUAUCCCACUAUUUUUAGUGUGUAAUUAUGUACCCGCGAAAGAAUUUACCCGGACAAUGCCGGUGUUGAUAACAAACGACUGGGUUUAUUUCGCAAUAGCCGUAUUGAUGGGAGUAAGCAGCGGGUAUCUCUCCUCGCUUGGUAUGAUGUACUGUCCCUCAACGGUUGAUUCUCGAUAUGCAUCCACUGCGGGGAUGUUUGGAGCAGCGUUUCUCAUCACUGGAAUCUUCACUGGCGUUCUUACCGCCAUAGUUAUGCCCUACAUUGUUUCUAUGCGCGUAUGGGAAUGA